ACGUCACUUCCGGCUCCCCCGUGGCGUGCCUGGCCUGUGCGGUGCGUUGCUGCUGCUGCGUUCUGCUGGCAUGGAGCAGGGCGAGCUAGUGGCGUCGCCGGAGACGGAGCGGCAGGAGCGGCUUGGCGGCCGGCGGAGACCCUGAGCGGGCAGCCGGAAGAGAGAAGAAUCCUAGCCAUGUUGGCUGCAGAUGAAUUUCUGAGUUCGCCACCAAGAAAGACAGUCCGGUUUGGUGGGACCUUGACAGAGAUCCUGCUAAAAUACCAAAAGGGUGAGACCACGGACUUUGAUUUGUUGAAACAUCAGCUCUUGGAUCCAGAUAUAAAAGAUGGCCAGCUUAUUAACUGGCUCCAUGAAUUCCGGUCUUCCGUUACAUACUUGACGAAAGAGUUUGAGCAGCUUGUCAACGUCUUGUUGAAGGUGCCGUGGGUCGGAAGAAGCCCGCUUGUGGUGGAAGAGUAUUUGGCUCUGCUGAGCAAUCUGGUAUCCGCCCAGACCAUCUACCUUCGGCCAUGCCUGGCUAUGAUCGUCUCGCACUUCGUACCCCCUCGCAUUACGAUACGAGAGAAUGACAUGGACGUAUCGGAUACAGAUGAUGAUGAUGAAAAUGUUUCUGGAGGAUUUAACACCUGCCACAGAGCGUUACAGACGAUUGCGAAAUAUGUUCCUUUGACACCACAGUUUCUCAUGCCAGUGCUGGUUGAAAAAUUUCCCUUUGCAAAUAAAUCGGAGAGAACCCUGCAAUGUUACGUGCACAACGUGCUGCGAAUUAGUGGAUACAUCCCAACACUGAGACAUGACAUUUUGGAGUUGGUGAUUGAGAAGUUAUUAAAGAUUGAUGUGAGUGCACCAAGAAAAGAUAUCGAAGCUGCAGAAGAGGCAGAAAGAGAGGAUACCGCAGAAGAAGGACUCUUUGAGAUGGAUGAGGAUGGAGAGAACCCAGAGAAGGAUGACAUGAUGGCUCAUCCCAUUGCAGAACGUCUAGACAUCCUGAUGAUCGUGCUGUUUUCCUACAUUAAAGACAUCUGCCAUGUAAAUGGGAAACUAGAUAUUGGCAACACGAAGGACCUAUAUCGAGACCUGGUGGCAAUAUUUGACAAGCUCAUCUUAACCACCCAUGGCUCAUGCCACGUGCAGUAUGUCAUCUUCUAUCUCUGUAGCUUCAAACUGGGGAUUGCGGAAGCCUUUGUGGAGCAUGUCUGGAAAAAGUUGCAGAACCCCAACACGCCAGCAGUGAUUCGACAGGCUGCUGCGAGUUACAUCGGCAGCUUUUUGGCACGGGCUAAAUUCGUCCCUGUUGUCACAGUGAAAGCGUGCCUGGACCUGCUGGUCAACUGGCUCCAUCUGUACAUCGACAACCAGGGCACGGGGUCGAAAGCCUUUUGCGACGUUGCGCUCCACGGGCCCUUCUACGCGGCGUGCCAGGCCGUCUUGUACGUGGUCGUGUUCCGCCAUAAGCAGAUCUUGGACGAAAACCUAAAGAAAGGGUUGGCGUUCCUGCAGAAGUUGAACUUCGAACGCAUUGUUAUGUGUCAGUUAAACCCUCUGAUGGUUUGCUUGCCUUCAAUUGUAAACUUUUUUGCGGCCAUUACCAGGAAAUACCAGGUUGCAUUCUGCGACACCAUUAUUGAGAGGAACAGGAGGCAAGUUUUGCCCGUUGUGAGGAGCAGUGGUGGGGGCGACUCUGUGGAGAUGUGCACCAACCCCCUGGACAGUUUUUUCCCUUUUGAUCCUUGUAUUCUCAAAAGAUCAAAGAACAUAAUUAAUCCAUUGUAUCAGUUUUGGGAAGAGCAGGAUGCUGAAAAUCUCAGAGAGGAUACAGGCGUGGUUAAUGAGUGCAAAGGUGAAGAGGAAGAUGACUUUUUGAAAGGCGAACCUCCUCAGAAUGAUGGCUUCAUUGACAUGACUUCGGGCUCCUUCGACUCCACCCUUCAGAGUCCAAAAAGUUGCAUAGGGUCACCGCCAGUACCAUCUCUCUAGCCGUAGCUCUGAACUUCGAGACCAAGGGCGGAAAAUCUUCAGGCACCUGUUGUUUUGGAAAGAGACCUUUUGGACAGCUUCUGAUUCCGUGAACAUUUUUGAUAGGAGAACGUCAAAUGCGUUUGAUGGACGCCAAAUGAUCACCACCCACAAUUCCCACUUGGAAAUACAUCCGGAGAUUUUCAGACUGGAGACUUGUUUAACACACAAGGCGGCUGCAUUUUAAUGUCUUAGAAAAUUAUAUUUUGGUAGAGGUGGCUUGUUUGCUUGGAAAAGAUGCUCCCCAUGACUUCUCUGAAAUCUAAAGGCUUACUCCUUGGAUUUAUACAGCCUUGGUGGUCCAUCAUAGCUAGUGUUUCCCAAUAAAAUUGGAAUAGGAGGGUGAUUUGGGUGCAAAACUGGAUCCAAAUGCUUGGGAACAAAACUGGGGACUGGUGCUUAAAUAUCAGUUUGCAGAAACGUAAGAGGUGCAAUAUAGACUGGGGUAGGCAACCUUGGAUCUGCAAUGUUGAACUACAACUCCCAUCAUCCCCUGCCCCAAUAAAUUGAGCCUGGGGGUGAUGGGUGUUGUAGUCCAACAACAGCUGCAGAGCCAAAGUUGCCGCCUCCUCAUAUUAAAAUGUUUUGCUGAUAGUAUCAAACACCAUUAAGGUUUCAUGUAGCUUACAGGCCUCAUAACCUCAGCGCUAGAAAGGUUGCAGCCGGGUGUGGCUGUGAUGGAAAAGACCCACGAUUGUGGCAAAGAGGGAGACAAGCACGGUCAGAAAUGCUGACUUCAAUACUUGGUCAUACACAAUGAUUUCUGAUCAAUCUCUUUGACCAAGAGUUGGCCUUCCGUGGUUUGAAAGUGUGUGGAUGAUAGCAAAUAUUUGCAUUUCAUGUUUUUGGUAGCCAGCCAGCCAGCCAGCUAAGGAGUAUUGGUUUGUUAAAACAUGGGAAGUGGCUGUAAUUCAGAAUUGCCUGUCCCAAAUUAGAGGGGCAAAAACCCUCUUUCUUUUUGUCAUGUAUGGAGGUCUUAUUUCCCUCCAAAGUAUAAAUACAUUCUUUGUGUGGUUGCCAUUAAUGUUUCCAUUUCCAGAUGCUGUUGAUCAUAUGAAUCCAGAUCCUGUCAA